AUGACAAACGACUACGUUUGCUCAUGCACACCCGGUUAUUCUGGGAAACACUGCGAGCUGGAUGUAGCCGUCUGCAACUCUACUGAAGAGGUCCGCUGCCACAACGGCGGCCAGUGUAUUGAGGGACCCGGAUUCAAGUUUUAUUGUAAAUGCUCUCCAGGUUGGGCUGGUCAAAAAUGCGAAGAUCAGAUAGAUGAAUGCGAAUCAAACCCCUGUCAAAACGGAGGAGUCUGCAUCGAUGUUCAUGCUGAUUAUAUGUGUGCUUGUGCAUUUGGGUUCACGGGGAAAAGUUGCGAGAUUCAAAUUGAAUUCUGCGAUGAGAAUUCUUGCAGCAAUGGUGCCCUUUGCGUGAUCGAAGACGGAAUGCGGGUUUGUUAUUGUGUGCCAGAUUACCACGGCGAGCGAUGUGAGCUACAAUACGACGAGUGCCAAUUAGGGCCCAGGUGUAUGAAUGGAGGAACAUGUAUUGAUGGAGUAGAUAAUUUUACAUGUUCUUGCCCUCCAAAACUGACUGGGUCCUUAUGUGAAUGUCUCAUACUAGAAGACGAUUCAUUCGACUGCGAAUAUGUCAGUCCGACACCAUUGUCAGAAAUCACUCAUUCUGUUUCACUGUCUACCUAUAAAGAGAUUAGCACUACUGAUAUAAGUACAGUCACUCCAUAUAAUGAUACAAGAUCUAUAACAACUGUAACCAUAGUAGAAGAUACUGAACCAUGGACGACAACAAGUACAUCCGAAUCAUCAACUUCUUCACAAACAGAUGUAGGUUUUCUUACAACUGCCAAUUCUCCGACAACUACCGAAAUAGUGGUCGUAGAUACUACAUUAACAACAAACGAAUCUACAACAUCAAACGAAGUAACGGUGACUCUUCCUACUUUGUCUUUGCACUCAACUGAAACUGUCCAGAGUACAACUCAAUGUAUAAAUAAUUGUACAAACGCAACAGAAAUUACAACAUUAAUAUCUACAACGGACUUGGAUAUAUCGACUACCGUAACAACUGAAACUACUGAAAUGGAAACAACAACUACGACGAAAAAAGCCGUUACUGAAUCAACUACUAUGACUGAUACUACCACAUCUGUAACUGUACCUACUUCUGACAAUAUUACUACAGUAGAAACUACAAUCGAAGAAGAAACGACUACAACUCAAAAAGUUGUUACCGAAACCACAAUAACACCUGAAGGUGAUACGACCACACAGAAAAUGUUUACAGAAACUCCUAUGGAACACCCUUUUACGGAUUAUCCCUCUUCAUCAACAUACACUACAACAGAGAUAAUGGAUGUAAGCACAGGAUUUGAUAAUACAACUUACUUUUAUACAACUAUACAAUCUGAGUGUACUGAAAACGUCUGUAACGAUCAUGGCACUUGUAUUAAUACUCCCCAUGGAAUAAGGUGUCACUGUAACUUCAAUUAUGGCAGUAGAUUUUGUGAAGAGAAAAUUAUAAUAAAAUCCGCAGCUUUUGGUGGUAAUUCAUACAUAACCCAUAAACUACGUAACGCAACAUCGAUUGAUAUAGAAUUCAAUGCGAAGACCUUAAUAACAGACGGACAAAUUAUGCAGGUGGAUAUAGCUAAAGGAGUAUACAUGCAACUUUUCAUGGUAUCAGGUUUGCUGAAAUUCAAAUUUUCUUGUGGUUACCAAACAAUGCUCUUGAGCGAGUUGAAAACUUUCGUUAAUAAAGGCUACCUGAUGAAAAUAGAAACAAGGCUGGAUUUAUAUUUGAAAGAACAACAUUGUAACGCUACACUUCGCCUUAACGAUACAGUAGCUAUGAGUGGUGGGCAAGUAGCAAACAUUACAUCUCUCGAUCAAAACACCACGCUUCACUUAGGAAACUCUCCGGAUGCAAAGGAAUCAGAUAAUAAGCCAUUUGUUGGAUGCAUUUCCGAAUUAACAAUCAAUGGUGAUAAACGCGAAAUAUUUGGUGAAGCAGUAGAGGCGGCAGAAGUGGCGGAAUGUUCAUCACUAGCGUGUCUAUCCGCACCAUGUUUGAAUGGCGGCUCUUGCAGUGAUUUAGGCAGUGGAUACACCUGUUCUUGUGCCAAUGGUUGGUCUGGCGAGUUUUGCAAUGAAUCGGUUUGUGAACACAAUCCCUGCCAAUCUGGCGGCAGUUGUGUGAGGCAUCCAGGAAGUGGGUUUCUUUGUCUUUGCCCUUAUGGGAGGCACGGCGUCUUCUGCGAGUACAACGUUGAUAUAACAAGGCCAUCUCUAGCACCAAUCAGCACUGGAGUGUCGUCAUAUCUGAUGUACCCGUUGACACAUGCAGCUAUGAAUUCUGACCGAUUCGACAUGCGUCUACGCUUCCAGACUUCUGACAUGGACCAGAUUGCAUUGCUUGCCUUUAUUGGUCAAGCAGGUAGACAUGAUUCCAGAAGCCAACAUUUAGCCCUAGCUUUUGUGAAAGGCUAUAUAAUGCUAACGUGGAAUAUGGGAAGUGGUCCUCGCCGUGUGUUUACUUCGCGAGCUUUGAGUGCGCGGCGAGGUGGCCAUACUGUGCGUGUGUGGAGACGUGGCCGUAGUGCUGGACUCACGGUUGACGCCCGUUUCAAUGUCUCCGGCAAUGCGCCGGCACACGAUAACAAGAUGACUACACUACCUUACGUAUUCAUUGGUGGACACCCAUCGGAGGGUUUCCGCGACCUCCCUCACGACCUACCCCUGCAUAGUGGAUGGCGGGGUUGCGUAUGGGAAGUGGGUGGCGCGUCGGUGGGGGCGCGUGGUGUGGGGGGCCGCGGCGUGGGGCAAUGUAUAUGCAAUGAGGGCUGGUUUGGCGUUACAUGUUCAUCGCAAACCAAUCCUUGCGAUCGUAAUGUGACGAUGUGUCAGGGCCGUUGCAUCCUCACCUCUGAAGAUGCUGAGUGCGAUUGCCCUUAUGGAAAGAUUGGCCUCAAUUGUGAUCAAGAUUUAAUACCAACAGAUGUACUGUUUACUGGAACACGGUCUUUCAUCGAACUCCUACCACGUACUAUUUCUAGUGUGAGCUUGUCUUUCGAGGCCGAAGUGAAGCCAUCCAAAGAACGCGGGCUUCUCAUAUUCACAGAAACUCCACAUUUCUAUACGGCGUUGUCUUUGCAAGGAGGAUUGUUAGAAUAUAGGUGGACAGAUCGUCUCUCUGGAAUGACAUCUCUGGUCCGCAGCGGUGUAGUGGUCUCACUAUCUCAAUGGCAUAGUGUAAAGGCGGGUCGCUACGGCAGCCGAUUGUAUGUGUGGGUAGAUGGAGCACUCACCACUGACUCAUUAUUGGCGCACGCCUACCCUCACACUAGCGCUGAUGCAUCCGUGCUACUGGGAGGUGCGAAAGAUUUGUCGUCGUUGCCUUUCGACGUGAUGUCUGGUCCACCCGAAACGUUCUCUGGCUGCAUUAGAAAUCUGCAUGUCAACAAUAUUCUGCUACCAUUAGAAAGGCAGAAUAUUCAAGAGGGCCAGAACGUAGCGGAUUGCGACGGUACCGCUUGUGGUGCCGAAUCUUGUCCGGGGGGCACUUGCGUGAUCGAGAAGGGUCGCGCCCGUUGUGUAUGCGGCGGGGACGGCGUGACGGGGGCGCGGUGCCGGCGGCACGCGGCGUGCGCCCCCGAGACGUGCGCGCCGCCCGGGGGACGCUGCCGCCGCGGGCAGUGCGACGCUGAUUAUUUAGGACUGGGUUUGGAAAACGGGUUCUUGAAGUUCGUAUGGUCUUUCAGUAUCAAUAACUCUACAAUAGAACUGUUAAAUGAAAAUGAUAAAAAGUCCAACAGCAAGAGAUAUCUAGCCCGCUUGGUGCCGCAUGCAGGUUUCUUGUCCGACGCCGAAUGGCACCAGAUCGUAGUGAGGCUUGAUGAGACGAACGUAACUCUGGUUGUUGAUAAAGUUUUAGCCUAUAUUGAAGAGCCUGGCUUCAAGAGAGAUCCUAACUAUGAAGAUGUAGAUAUUUACAUAGGUGGAGUAAACGACGAGGAGUACAAGAUGGCAAAGAAAAUUUUCCCCAAUAAUUUCAAAGGCUGUAUUGAUCAUAUAUCUACGGAAGAGCAUAGCUUCCUGACAAAUUACACGGACGUCUACAGUGAAAACAUCAAAUCGUGCCAACUAUUUCCUAUAACUUAAGGACUUUUAUCUUAAGUUUGAAACGGAGAGAUGUAAAGAGAUAUAAGCGUCUUGGGAGAUUCUAUUUAUACGUAUAAAAUCAUUGUGUUGUGCUUUGAUUAUAGACAAGUAUACA